AUGUCGGUGUUUGCCGGCCCCGCCCACAUGGUUCUCAAAGAACGCGUCGCUGUUCCCCGCGGCUGGCACCGCGUUGGAGCGGCGGCGGGCCACGACGUGAUUACGCUUUCGCUUUCGCUGAAGCAGGCGCAGCGCGGCAGUAUCGAAGACAAGUUGGACCUGACCAGCGAUCCCGACAGCUCCGAGUACCUGCAGCACCUUUCGCGCAAGCAAGUCCUUGCGCUUCUCAAGCCGUCCGCCGCAUCGUCCCAGGCCGUGGACGAGUGGCUCGGCCAUCACAAUCUUUCCUCGCAUACGCGGCGCAGCAUGGCUGGCGGCUACAUCUCGAUGCACGUCCCCGUCUCCAAGGCGCGCGAGCUGCUUGGCAAUGCGCACUUUGCCGUGUACGAGCACAAAAAGAGCGCAGAGCGUGUCAUCCGCACGACCGAGUACCACCUCCCCUUGACUGUGAGCAACCACAUUGAUUUUGUCGGUGGCACGACCUACUUUUCCACGCCACGCUCGCUCGGCGCGAACGGCCUCAUUUUCGAGGAGAAACUCGACAAGGCGCCGUUUGUCGAUGAGGGCCAUGUCGGUGUCGUACAAGACAAUGGCGUGCCUGCGUCGUGCAACUCGUCGGCCGUCACAUCGGUGUGCCUCCGUGAACUGUACGGUACGCACGGGUACAAGCCCCAGGCGCCGGACCGCUCGCACAUUGGCAUCGCCGGAUUCCUCGGCGAGCACGCAAACUACGAGGACCUGGCUAACUUUUUGAAGCACCAGCGUCCGGACGCGUACCGUGGCAAGGCGGCGUUCGACUACAUCUCGCUGAACGGUGAGCACAACAACCAGAGCUUGCAGGCGUCGACCGGCGAGGCCGCACUCGACAUCCAGACGGUCGAGGGCGUGGCGUGGCCGAUCCGCACCUCGUUCUACUCGGUCGGCGGCUCGCCGCCGUUCAAGAAGGACAAGAAUACGCCGACGAACACGAACGAGCCCUACGCCGAGCUGCUCGAGUACCUCUUGCAGCUGCCUGACCACAAACUACCGGAUGUCCUUACGAUUUCGUACGGUGACGAUGAGCAAUCGGUGCCGGUGCCGUACGCCAAGCGUGUCUGCACGCUCUUUGCCGCGCUCGGUCUCCGUGGCGUGAGUGUCUUUGAGUCGUCCGGCGACCAAGGCGUCGGCAGCACCGAAGCCGACGACUGCGUCACGAACGACAAGCGCAAGAAAAAGACGUUCCUUCCUUCCUUCCCUACGACCUGCCCCUACAUUACCACGGUCGGCGCGACAAAGGACUUUGGACCGGAAAAAGCCGCGACGCUCAAGUUUUCGUUCAUCAUCUCGGGCGGAGGCUUCUCCAACCUGUUUCCGCGCCCUUGGUACCAAGCCAAGGCCGUUCCCCGCUACCUCAAGAACAUCGGCACGACACACCAAGGCCUGUUUAACCCCCUGGGCCGCGCCUAUCCCGACGUCUCGGCCCAAGGCUCGCGCUUUGUCAUUUCUGUGGCCAAGCAGUUUGAACUAAUCUCGGGUACGAGCGCCUCGACGCCUCUCUUUGCCUCUGUGAUUUCACUCCUGAACGACGCACGCAUUGCCAAGCACAAGGCGACGCUCGGUUUCUUAAACCCCCUCAUUUACAAGCGCCUCGGCGGCACGGACGCCUUUAACGAUGUGACAAUCGGCAACUCCAAGGGCUGCGGAACCAACGGCUUCGAUGCGCAGCACGGAUGGGACCCCGUCACUGGCUUUGGCACCCCCAACUUUAAGUCACUCCUUCACCGUGCCCGGCAUAGCGCGGCGAAGCGCGAGAAAAAGACACGCUCGUCACUCACCCAAGUCGCCGGCGAGAAAGGCGAACGUCGUAAGCUCGGUAUUGCGACUACCAAGCCGCAGCUCUCAAAGUCGGCGCUGCGCCGCCAAAAGCACAAGCAGCGAGACCAGCUGGCAGGCAACAAAGAAGGCCUGCAGGACCUGGAGCGUGCCGUGACGUCCCUCGAGGAGGAUAUCCCUGACCACGAAGAGCCCGAGGCACCCGCAUCCGCCCCCACCACGAUCUCGGCCAAGGCCAAGAAGCGCAUGCUUGCGCGCGAGCGCGAGCGCCAGCCCUAUAUUCUUGCUGAUCUGCAGCAGAGCCAGAACCCCUUUGCGGCGCUGCGUACACACGCACGCAACACGCUCGACCUGCGCGGCGCCGCGGCGCCGACCACGACCGAGAUCGACGAGGAUAUGUCGUAG